ACAACUUGUACAGGUUUCACAGCAAUGGCCCCAGUGGUACCUUGCAGUGCAGGGAGAAGGAUCCAGUGGGAGUGAAGGACUGAGGGCAUGUGCAGCACAAGAGUGCCUUCCUUCUGAAGCAGUUAUGUUACACCAAACAUGGCAGCUCUGUGGGAAGUGGUGCCGUCGGUCCAGCCCUUUCAUCCAUCUCCUCACCCUGACUGUGCUGACUUUUGGUGUGCUGGCACCUUUGAUCUGCCACCGUCUCCUCCACUCCUACUUCUACUUGCGGCGCUGGCACCUGAACUCCAUGAGCCAGGAGUUCCUGGAGCAGAACCAGCAGGAGGGCCAGGCUGCCCUCCAUUACUUUGAGACAAUGCAGAUGCCAAAUGCCUCCGAGGCCUCCAGCAGCGAUGCCUUUCAGCCCUUGCUGCUGAUCACCAUUAUCACCGUACAGAGGCGGAAUGAUUUCCACUAUGUCUUGCAAGUGGCCUCCCACUUCCACCGGCUCCUCCAGCAGUGUGGCGCACGUUGCCGGAGCCACCAGGUGCUCCUCUGUAAUGUGGAGUCAGACCCCAGCAGCCAUCAAGAUGUCAGGCUGCUGAGUAGCUUCUUUCCUAUGGUCAGUCGUGGCAGACCUGGGGAGAACCCUGACCCCAGCCUGAAUCUGUUCGAGAAGGAGAAGCAGGACUACAUCUUCUGCCUAGAGCAGUCACUGUUGGCAUACAACCCAGAGUAUGUCCUCCUUGUGGAAGAUGAUGCCGUGCCAGAGGACGAGAUAUUUUCUGUCUUGCAGCACCUCUUCUCGGCCCGAUUCUCCAAGCCCUACCUCAGAGAUGCGCUUUACUUCAAGCUGUACCACCCCGAGAGGCUCCAGCACUACUUCAACCCUGAGCCCAUGCGGAUCUUGGAGUGGCUGGGCCUAGGGCUGUUCCUGGGGCCGGUGCUGACCUGCGCCUACUGCYGGGCSGCGGGGCGGGCRGGYCCYAGCUGGGGGCUGGUGGCGUUYUUYGCCCUGUACAGCAUGGCKYUGUCGGAGCUGGUGGGGCGGCACUAYGGGCUGGAGCUGCGCCGCCUGCACCCCGCGCUCUACAACGUGGUGCCGGCCAGCGAGUGCUGCACGCCUGCCAUGCUCUUCCCCGCCUCCUCCGCCCGCCGCGCCUCGGGUUACCUGCGGGAAAUGCGCUGCCGCCGGGGCUUCGCCAAGGACACGGCCCUCUACUCGCUGCUGCGGGGCAGGGGCGAGAACGCCUUCGUGGUGGAGCCCAACUUGGUGCGGCAUGUGGGAAUGUACUCCAGCCUCCGGCUGAACAGCAACCCCAAGCUGCUGUGAGCUGCUCGUGCCUUGCUGCACAAAAACAGUCCAGGGAAGCGGCCACAGGGCAGAGGAACGGAGUGUAAACUCGGAUUCUGUGUUGCUUGCACUGGGUAUCCUGUGCCUCACUGUCUUUGAAAAGACAAGUUUUCUUAAAAAAUCAGCUUUUGUACCUACAGACCCUAUUUAAUAUAAACUUGGAACUAAUCACCAUGCACCACCUGGGAGGGGAGUGGAGGAUUCCAGCUKAAAGUGUGGAUUCCCCAUUCUCUUUAGCUGUUCCCAAAGAAAAGCUCUCACGUCAAUAUGCACAGCUUUCCUGCCUACUUUCCUGUACACUCGAGGUUACAAAACUCAUCUUAGGGCAGCAGAAAAGUUGGACAAAGUGAAUGUUUCAAAUUUAAGCUAAUGAGGAGGGGAAGUCUUUAUUUCCCCAUCCUUACCAAGGUCUGAUCUCUGACCUGUCUCUGUUUCAAAGUUGUGGUUUUAAGCAGACCCUUCAAAAGAAGCAGAAGUGGUUUGCAGGAACUUUCCCACAAUUUUCUGCCUAGGUACUUCGAAUUUAUGAAAUCUCUUUAGUUAUUAUCUCCCUAUCUGCACCUCCACUGUUCCCACUUUUUUUUGCUCGGACCACAGGCUCUUAAAAACCUCUGCUGCUUCAUUAAAUACAACCUCUGAGGGUAGGAAUAGGAAAACAGAAUCACAGCCAUUAAUAUCACAAAGAUGGGUCAGAAAUGCACAUUUUCAUUGAUAUGGGACACCCAUUGUACACAAUGAUUGCUGUGUUGUUUGGAUAGCUGUAGUGGAUCUGUUAAAUGAGGUCAGAUCAGUCACUGAUUGAACUUAGGUGUUCAACGUGAAAUUACCAUGACUUUCCCUCAGCACAGGUUCAAAAGAAAUAUUAGACUACUGCUGUUGUGCAGGAUCCUUGUUCAUUUUGGAGCUGCAUUUACAGCUCAGCUGGAGUGGUUCAUUCACUGCUCCUGGCAGAAAGCAAAAUACCUGUGGGAAACAAAGACAGCUGUUCACAAGAGCGAACAGGAGCACAGCACAUCAAGGGGCCACUCUGAUAGUGACCUAUUGGGACUUUGUGUACUGGUUGUCAGGCAUCUGGGAUAGGUACUUUGCACCAGGGCUGUGGGCACAGUUAAAUGUAAAACCAUGCAGAACAGGAAAUCUCAUACAGAAUGAAAACAGGCAAAAGAGGGGUAUAUUUGAUGAAAAGCCUACCAAGGUUGGCUUUAGUGGGUUUUGAGUCAAAUUCAAAAUAAUUCAAAUUCUUGUAUGUGGAGUUUGGUCGAACUAUUUUUAAAACCAUAUUCCUUGCUUGGGAAUGAACCAAGCGCAAUAUUUUUUGUCGAGUUUAGUCGGUGGGAUUAUUUUUU